GAAUUGAUGCCAUGACCUCUUACUUUAAAGUAAGACUUUUACCACUAUACCAAACAAUUUUUUAUUAUAUUUUUUUCUUAUUUAACACUUUAUCUAUGUAUUAAUUUUUUUUUUUUUUACAAUUUCGGGGCCUGAGCGUUCGGGGGCUCAAGGCGCACGUCUAGCCCGCCUACUCUUAGGGCCGACCCUGGGUUUAUCUUAAUUUUAAUUAGCAAUGAAAAGAGUAGUAUAUUUUUAUAUAUAUUAUUUUAUUUUAACACAUAUAUGUCUUUUAAUACCAUAUUCUUCAAUUGAAUAAAAAAAAAACCAUUUUCAAGAAAGGGACCUUGAAUUAUUAUUUUCAUGUAUAUAUUUAUUUAAUAUAAUAAAUUACAAACGACACCACUUUAAAAAAAACAUAGAAAACGACAAUAAAGACUGAUAUAUAAGAAAAACGACAGUAGUAAUGAAAACUAGAUAUAACUGACUCCAUUCCAUAAAACGACAUCAACAAAAUGUAAAACGACAAUAAAUGACACCAUAUUACAUGAAACGACAAUGUUUUAACAGACAACAAUAAAUAAUGGCGGACCUCUUAAAACCCGAAACCUGGCCCAUUAAUUUUCACGCGGUACCUCCAAAACUUGGCCCAGUUCCUUAAAAAAAAGAAAUUAUUCUCUCUUUCUCCCUCAAAAUAAAAUAAAAUAAUAAUAAUAAUAAAACCUUCAUACGUAACCAAAAAUUCUGAAUGAAAAAAAACAUAAUACUUGAGUAAAAAUGAAAACAAAAAUAGAAUAACAGAAUUUAAAAUAAAAACGACAAUAUAAACAAAAAACCACAAUUAAGUUCCAUCAGUAAAAACGACAAUAAUAAGAAAAGGACAAUAAAUGACUGCACCCAACAACAAGAACACCAAUAAAAAAUCCAUCAGAGAAAACAACAAUAACAAGAGCUAGAAUGAACAACAUAAAUAACAAAAAACGACAAUAAAUGACAGCAUCCUUGAAAAACGACAAUAUUAAAAAUAAACGACAAUAUAUUUUAACAAAAACCACAGAAACCCAAAACUCGGCCCAUUAGUUUUCAUUGGAUUCCCCUCCUCUAAAGACCAUACAAACGCUCCAUUUUUAUAUUUUUUCAAAGAAAAUAUUUCCUUCUAACUCUUUCCAAACAAAAUAAAAAUAAGUAAAUAUUAAUAAUAAAUUAGGGCCUACACGUAACCAAAAACUAAUAAUUCAUUAGGAAUUAUUGAGGAAAACGACUAUAACCAAAAGUUCUGAAUAUAAAAAUACAUAAUUCUUGAGUAAAAAUAUAAGAAAAAGGAAUAACAGAGUUUAAAAUAAAGAAGGCACCAAACCAACUAGAAAAAACGACAAUAGAAUUCUAUCAGUAAAAACGACAGUAACAGUAACAAAGGACACAUAAUAAAAACAACAACAAACGACAAAAAUAAAGAAAAACGACAAUAAAAAAGACAAUAAACGACACAGAUAAUGAAAAACGACAAUAAACGACACAAAUAAUGAAAACGAAAAUAAACGACACAAAUAAUGAAAAACGACAAUAAAAGACACAAAUAAUAAAAAACGACAAUAAAUGAAGAAACGACAGAAAUAUUAAAAAAAGAAAAUAAAUGACACAAAUAAUAAAAAACGACAAUAAAUGAAGAAACGACAUAAAUAAUAAAAGGAAAAAUAAACGACACAAAUAAUGAAAAACGACAUAAAUAAUGAAAAACGACAAGAAACGACCUAAAUCACAAAAAACGACAUAAAUAAUGAAAAACGACAAGAAACGACCCAAAUCAUAAAAAACGACAAUAAACGACACAAAUCACAAAAAACGACGAUAAACGACACAAAUAAUAAAAACGACAAUAAACGACACAAAUAAUAAAAACGACAAUAAACGACACAAAUAAUAAAAAACGACAAUAAAAGAAGAAACGACAUAAAUAAUAAAAAGGAAAAAUAAACGACAUAAAUAAUAAAAAGGAAAAAUAAACGACACAAAUAAUGAAAAACGACACAAAUAGGAAAAACGACAUAAAUAAUGAAAAACGACAAGAAACGACCCAAAUCAUAAAAAAACGACAAUAAACGACACAAAUCACAAAAAACGACGGUAAACGACACAAAUAAUGAAAAACGACAAUAAACGACAUAGUUAAUAAAAACGACAAUAAACGACACAAAUGACAAAAAAGACUCUUGUAAUAAAAAACGACGAUAAACGACACUUAUAUUAAGAAACGACAAUAAACGACACUAAUAACAAAACGACUAUACGGGUGUGGACCACUGAACCCAAAACUUGUCCUAUUACCCAUUUGCUUUCCAAUUUAUAUUUUUUUAAAAAAAAAAAAAAUUAAUAAUUAAAAAUAAAUAAAAUAGGGCCUACACACGUGCCUUUUCUUUUACCCCAAAAUUCAAAUUUUCUUCCCACUCUCUCUCUCUCUCUCUAACGGCUAAUUUUCUUUCUCUUCUUCUCUAAACUCCUCACUUUCUCUCUCUAUAUCCAUUUCUGUACUUCUUAACUUUCUCUCUCUAAACCUUCUGGUUUCGAUUGAUUCCUUCUGGUUCGAAUCGAAUAAGAAGAAGAAGAACUAAGGAGUUAGUACGAAGACGAUGAAGCACUUUAUGCAGCCAAGAAAUAACAUCUUGAGAGAGACGGAACCUCCGCCAUCUCCAAACCCUAGCAGCACCACCGCCAAGAUCCGACAUCCGCGGAAGCAGAAAUCUUCCAAGGAGAAUGCUCCGCCCUAUGCCGAUCCAAACUCCUUGCCUCCGAUUCCUAAACCCUCGCCUUCCGCUGCUGCUAAGUUGAAGAGUCCGUUGCCUCCUCGUCCGCCGUCUUCUAAUCCUCUUAAGAGGAAGCUUCACAUGGAGACUGUUCCGGAGAAUUCUGUGUUUGGAACCUCUGAUUCUGGCGUACAGGUAGUAGUGCGAAUGAGGCCACCACGCAAAGACAGGGACGAAGGAGAUAUGAUAGUCGAGAAACUUUCGAGUGAUUCUUUAACCAUCAAUGGGCAAACUUUCACAUUUGAUUCAGUUGCGGACACAGAGGCAACACAGCUUGAUCUUUUCCAGCUUGUGGGGGCGCCUCUUGUUGAAAACUGUAUGGCCGGUUUUAACAGUUCUGUCUUUGCUUAUGGACAGACUGGAAGUGGGAAAACUUACACUAUGUGGGGUCCAGCCAACGCAUUGUUGGAUGAAAACAUAUCGAGUGACCAACAAGGUUUAACUCCUCGAGUUUUUGAGCGUCUCUUUGCUCGCAUAAAUGAGGAGCAAAUCAAGAAUUCUGAUAAACAACUCAAGUAUUUGUGUCACUGUUCUCUUCUUGAGAUUUACAAUGAGCAAAUAACAGAUUUAUUGGAUCCUAACCAAAAAAACCUUCAGAUUAGAGAAGAUGUUAAAUCAGGGAUCUAUGUUGAAAAUCUUACAGAAGAGUGUGUUCGUACAAUGGAGGAUGUAAAUAAGCUUUUAACGAAGGGUCUGUUGAACAGAAGGACAGGUGCAACAAGCAUUAAUUCUGAGAGUUCUCGCUCCCAUACUGUUUUUACCUGUGUUCUUGAAUCUCGGUGCAAGAGCACGGAUGGUCUGAGCAGCUUCAAAACCAGCAGAAUUAAUCUUGUUGAUCUAGCAGGGUCAGAAAGACAAAAAUUAACAGGUGCAGCAGGGGAGCGCCUCAAGGAAGCAGGAAAUAUUAAUCGUUCAUUGUCACAGCUUGGGAAUUUGAUAAACAUUCUCGCUGAAAUUUCACAGACAGGAAAGCAAAGACAUAUCCCCUAUAGAGAUUCCAGGUUGACAUUUUUAUUGCAGGAAUCCCUUGGAGGGAAUGCAAAAUUAGCAAUGGUUUGUGCUAUAUCACCCACACAAAGUUGUAAGAGCGAGACUUUCAGCACAUUGAGAUUUGCUCAGCGUGCUAAGGCUAUCAAGAACAAGGCAGUUGUUAAUGAAGUAACGGAGGAUGAUGUAAACCACUUGCGUGAAGUAAUACGUCAGCUACGGGAUGAACUGCAUCGAAUGAAGUCAAAUGGACCUAACCCAGUUGAUGCUAAUGGAGGACAUUCAGCAGCAUGGAUACGUAGAAGUUUACAUUUAUUAAAGUCUACCAUUAAUCGCCCAAUGACAUUACCCCAUAUUGAUGAUGAUGGUGAUGAAGAGAUGGAGAUUGAUGACGAAGCUGUUGAGAAGCUGUGCGUUCAAGUGGAGAAGCAAUCAGCUGCAAGUGGUAGUGGCAAUAAAACUGAUUCAAACUCAGAUUCACAACUUGUGGACUCUGAAUUGAGAAGUUCUAAUGAUCCUCAUCACUGUACAAAAGAACAAGAUUCUGAGGACACGGAUGUCAAGAUGGAAGAAGCAAUAUCACAACAAGUUGAGGCGAUGAUUGUUGAUUCCGACGAAGCUGUUGGAGGAAAACCAGAAAGUUCUAAUGAUAAUACGCUGAUAUCUCAUAAUGCUGCUGAGGAAAGUACCCUUGGCUCCUCUGCUACUGAAAUGCUAAAUGUAGAAUCAGAAAGCAAAAUAGUAAAGGCUCCUCUUCCAAACUCUGAAUCAGUUAACGAAACUGUGUGCAUGCCAGUUGAAGAUAGAGGCAACAACUCUCCGAAUACAUCGAUGAAUGGUGCAUCUCUCAGUCUCAGAAUGAUUACAUGUGAUGCAUCCCCUAACCUUCAAUCUCCAACUCCAAGCCUUUCACCAAAAACUAACAGCAGCAGGAAAAGUUUGAGGACAUCAUCUAUGUUAAGUGCUUCUCAAAAAGUUCCAGUUGAUAAGAGUGCAUCUUUAAAGAAAACCCCAAGAGAGGGCUCUGUCAAUACUUUAUCUAAUCAAACUAGCAGAAGUUUCCUUGCACCAACUGAGCAUUUGGCAGCAAGCAUUCGCCAUGGUCUUGAAGUAUUUGACAGUAACCGCCAGAGUUCAGCUUUUAGGAGGUCAACAUAUAGGUUCUCGUACAAACCAACAGAAUCUAAGAUUUUUUUGCCAGUUUCCAAAGUUGAUGCUGGUGUGCAAACUACUCAAUCAGAAGACCCAGUUGAAUUCACGUGUAGUAGUUGCAAGAACCGAAUGCAACUAGAAGAGGCUAAAGAGGCCAAUGAUGAUGGUUUGAACCUGCAGUUAGUACCUGUUGAUGAUGGCUUAGAAUCUGCUGAAAAAUUAAAAUUAGUUCCUAAAGCAGUGGAAAAGGUCUUGGCAGGAGCUAUCAGGAGAGAAAUGGCUCUAGAAGAGUUAUGUGCCAAGCAAACUUCCGAGAUAGGGCAGCUUAAUCGUUUGGUCCAACAGUAUAAGCAUGAAAGGGAAUGCAAUUCCAUUAUCACGCAGACGAGGGAGGAUAAGAUUCUGCGUCUUGAAGGCCUUAUGGAUGGUAUUUUACCCACCGAAGACUUCAUGGAGGAAGAACUACUAUCCCUCAAACAUGAGCAUGAGCUUUUGAAGGAGAAAUAUGAGAACCAUCCAGAAAUUUUGAGGACAAAAAUUGAGCUAAAGAGAGUUCAAGAUGAGCUAGAAAACUUACGAAACUUUCAUGAUAUGGGAGAACGGGAAGUAUUGUUGGAAGAAAUUCAAGACUUAAGAAGCCAGCUUCAGUAUUAUGUGGAUUCAUCAUCAUCCCGAAAACGAAACCCAGUACUACAGUUGACAUAUGCAAGUGAACCGAGUGUGGCCCCUCCUCCUCUUAAUACAAUUUCGGAGUCUAAGGACGAGAGUGUUGAUGACAAACUUGAAGAGGAAAGAAAGCGUUGGACUGAAACAGAAAGUAAGUGGAUUUUUCUUGCUGACGAAAUGAGAAUCGAACUCGAUGAUGCCAGAGCACUAGCUGAAAAGAAAGCACGGGAGCUAGACACUGAGAAGAAACGUGCAGAAAAGAUUGCACGGGAACUAGACACCGAGAAGAAAUGUGCAGAAGAGCUUAAGGAAGCAAUGCAGCUGGCCAUGGAGGGAAAUGCACGUAUGCUGGAACAGUAUGCGGAUUUGGAAGAGAAACAUAUGCAUCUUCUUGCAAGGCAUAGGAAGAUACAAGAAGGAAUGGAGGAUGUGAAGAAAGCAGCUGCUAAAGCUGGAGUUCGGGGUGCUGAGUCCAAAUUUAUAAAUGCUCUUGCUUCUGAGAUUUCAGCUUUGAAAGUCGAAAGAGAAAGAGAAAGACGGUACCUUAGGGAUGAGAAUAAAGGUCUUCAGGCUCAACUGAGGGACACUGCUGAGGCUGUACAUGCUGCUGGCGAAUUGCUCGUUCGGCUUAAAGAAGCCGAAGAAGCUGUUGCCACUGCUGAGAAGCAAGCAAUGGAGGCUAUGCAAGAAGCUGACAAUGCCUAUCAACAAAUGGACAAAAUGAAGAGAAAAUAUGAAAAAGAGAUUAGCAAUCUUAAUGAGCUCCUUGCUGAUUCUCGUUUACCAAAAGAUACAACAACGAUAAAACCAGCUUUCGAUGAUGAUCAUACAACGAUAAAGCCAGCUUUCGAUGAUGAUACGGUAAAGUAUGAUGUAGGUGGGGAGUCUUGUCAAGAAGAUGAUUCAAGUGACCAUAAAUGGAGAGAGGAAUUUGAACCGUUCUAUAACGGUGAAGAUGGCGAGUUACCGAAACUUGCAGAACCCUCCUCAUGGUUCUCUGGUUAUGAUAGAUGCAACAUAUAAUAGUUCUGUAGACAACAUAAAAUAGUAUUAAGGAAACUAAUUAGUUUCUGUUAUAUAUAAUAUAUAAUAUGUAACAGUGUAUGAUCAUUUCUUUGAUUGUAGUUUGUUGUAGUUCAUAUUCUUUCACAAGAAUUGAAUUGAAUGAAUGAGUGAAUGAAUGGGGUUAUGUAAAA